ACCUAAAUCACGUGAUCGCUCGCUUAUUGUUUGACUGUCACUGACCACGUUUAUAUUUAUCCCGGAGACAAUUUUACAAUACCUUUCCGAGUGGAGCACCUCAAUAUUCCUAGGUUUAAAAAAAACAACGAAAGUACCAAUCGGUACGCAUCAGAAUUGAAUUAUCAGACUUUCGCUUCAACCAAAAUACGAGUAAUAUAUGGACGACAUCACUUGGACAGAUACCGGCUCGCUGAUGCCCCGCAAAUUGGACGCUCCGGGAAAGGAAGGAAAGAGAGCGUUUUCAAGCUAUAAUAUCGACCGUUCCGGAAUCGAUGACGCUAGCAAAAAGAGCAAGAAACCGGUGAAUCAUCCACCGACUGACGUAUCACGUAAACAAAAGAAGAAUAAGAAUCUAAGAAAGAGGAGACAGCUUCAAGUACCGCGAAAAUUCAAACUAACAACAAAAAGGGAAAGAAGUUCAACGAUCGUAAACAGAGACCAAUACGGGAAUAGAUAUAACAAUCGUGCUUUUAGUUCAUACUUCAUUGCAGAAUUAGUUUCAUUAUUUUGUGCGGACUUUAAAUUCCUGACGGAUUUGCUAGCAAUUUUCCACCUUAGUGUUCCUAUCAUAUGGCAGAAAUUCCUAAUAUCACAAAUAAGUUGUGUGUUUGAGUUUUGCUGCAUGGAUAACAGGCAUCAGGAUAUUUUAGUUCUUUCAGUUCUACAAUUAAUAAAGUGCCAGCGAAAUUUAAUGAAAUUCAAUCCGGAUGAAAAUCCGGAUGAAACCGCUACGGAUCGAAGCACUACCCAUGCGACAAUCACCCAGGCGACGCGGCGUUAA